CAACGAAAUAUGUGUAUUUAAUAUAGAAUGACAAUGUGUAAUGGAAUUUUCAAAGGUUAUAGAUUAAUAUUUACAGUUUUAUUAUAUUUUGCGUGCAUUAUAGUGUAAUGAUCUAAUCAUAUUUUAAUCAUCUCUCUAAGCAUAAGCACAAAUGCAUUCUACCAUCAACACUACUUGUAUAAUGUUUUAGUAUAUUCCACUUGUACUGACAUUGUAUAAAUUUACAAGUUCGUACAUCGCACAUAUCCAGUGAUGGCACCAGGUGGGAGACGUCGUUCGGGCACUGGAUCUACCCCUUCCACCCGUGAUGCGGCGGAGACAGCAUCGCCGUCACAUGUUGCAUCACAGGCAUCUGAUCCAUCAAUCGUUCAUACACCGAGCACUGCAUCAUCGUCGACCAGCCGACGAGGACGUGGACCCACGCGUGGGUUAGUUUUACAGAGACUUACGCGUGAGGGUAGGGUGACAGUAGAGUUCUCACAGGACUGCCUUAGACCUAUUGGGGACAAUGCCAGGUUGUUUACAUCGGAGGUCGAUGUCUUAUGUCGAUCUCUGAUCCCUACCACCACCCCCCGUUGGGUAGACGUGACAGAUGAUGUGCGGCAGCACAUCCGUCAGCGCCUUACGGAUAAAUUUGUCUUGGAUUUGAGUGUUCCGUACAUUUCCCAUGCUGUCGAUGACAUGAUCAAGGAGCGGUUUAAGGAGUACCGCAGUGAUUUACACCAGCGGUACAAGCGGUGCAGGAGCCUCGAGGAGGCCGUAUUGACCGCACCGCCGCACGUGACCAUUGACGAUUGGCGGAUACUCUGUGAGAGAUUUUCGUCUGAGUCUUUUCAGAGGAGCAAAAUAAAUUCUGCGAACAGGGGAAAGUUGGAAGUGAACCACAUAGCUGGUUCAAAGUCAUUUGUACAACUUCGUCGCGACAUGCGAGAUUCCGUCACUGGACAAGAGCCCGGACUAGUAGACUUCUACAGAGAGACUCAUUGUCGGCAGGCGACGGGAUCUUGGGUACAUCCUACAGCCAGCGAGAAUUGGGCGGCGAUGGACGCCAUACGCAGUCAGCCCACUCCCGAUGGUACUCAGCGGAGUGAGCCAGAGAUCCUGAGCGAGGUGCUUGGCACACGUUCUGGAUAUGUGCGUGGGCUUGGCCAUGGUGCCAAGCUCAUGGCACCCGCUAGAGUUGCAUCCAGCCGAUCCGUCGCUGGCGAGAGCGCCAUACGCCGAGCUGAUAUCGCAGAGAAAGAGGUUCAACAUCUACGGGGCGCCGUCGACGAGAUCAAAGACCAACUGGCGAGGCAGAGGGAGGAGCAUGAGAGGCAGAAGGAGGAGCAGGAGAGGCAGAGGGAGGAGCAAGAGAGGAGGAUGGAGGAUAUGCGGGUGGAGCAUGAGCGACGGAUGCAGGAGAUAUUACAGGUUCUCGCUGCACGCUUACCCAUCGAUGCCCCACCACCUCCGCCUUCAUCUUUGUGAUUUGUCAUAUUUUAUUUAUGAUUUAUUUUAUAUAAGAAUGUUAAACUUAUAUGUAUUUGUGCGUGGAUGAAUGUAAUGUGGAUAAGACUAUUUGUGUAUGUAUGGAUGUGAUUUGUGUUUGGAUGGAUGUAGUUUAUGUUUGUUUGGAAAAA